AUGGGUGUUAGGCCGAAGGACGGUAGGCCGAAGGACGGUAGGCCGAAGGACGGUAGGCCGAAGGACGGUAGGCCGAAGGACGGUAGGCCGAAGGACGGUAGGCCGAAGGACGGUAGGCCGAAGGACGGUAGGCCGAAGGACGGUAGGCCGAAGGACGGUAGGCCGAAGGACGGUAGGCCGAAGGACGGUAGGCCGAAGGACGGUAGGCCGAAGGACGGUAGGCCGAAGGAUGGUAGGCCGAAGGACGGUAGGCCGAAGGACGGUAGGCCGAAGGACGGUAGGCCGAAGGACGGUAGGCCGAAGGACGGUAGGCCGAAGGACGGUAGGCCGAAGGACGGUAGGCCGAAGGACGGUAGGCCGAAGGACGGUAGGCCGAAGGACGGUAGGCCGAAGGACGGUAGGCCGAAGGACGGUAGGCCGAAGGACGGUAGGCCGAAGGACGGUAGGCCGAAGGACGGUAGGCCGAAGGACGGUAGGCCGAAGGACGGUAGGCCGAAGGACGGUAGGCCGAAGGACGGUAGGCCGAAGGACGGUAGGCCGAAGGACGGUAGGCCGAAGGACGGUAGGCCGAAGGACGGUAGGCCGAAGGACGGCAGGCCGAAGGACGGUAGGCCGAAGGACGGUAGGCCGAAGGACGGUAGGCCGAAGGACGGUAGGCCGAAGGACGGUAGGCCGAAGGACGGUAGGCCGAAGGACGGUAGGCCGAAGGACGGUAGGCCGAAGGACGGUAGGCCGAAGGACGGUAGGCCGAAGGACGGUAGGCCGAAGGACGGUAGGCCGAAGGACGGUAGGCCGAAGGACGGUAGGCCGAAGGACGGUAGGCCGAAGGACGGUAGGCCGAAGGACGGUAGGCCGAAGGACGGUAGGCCGAAGGACGGUAGGCCGUAG